CGCGCAUUCGUACAAGUAGGAAGGGGUUCCGUUGCUGUUGGUGGGUAAUCCCACGACAGUCCUUAUUGUUGGCUUUAUUUUAUACAAGUGAAUAAAUAAUCACAUUAAACAUCUGUAUGCGAAGGGAAAGUCGAAAUGGGGGACAUCCGUCAGUCUUUGCUUCCACGAGAUGUUCUGAGUGCAGCUAAGGAGCUCCUGUACCACCUGGACAUUUACAUCUGUAACAUGGUGCAGUCAGGACGGCAGGCCCCUCAGGUGGACACUAAAACCCUGGAUUUGGUAGAGGAAUUUAUUUUACAUGUGCCCAAAGACAGGAAUGCUCAAAUCAGGAGGAUGAGUGCUCUCCAGGAGCUCCACCUGCUGGAGAUCAUGUGCAGCUGUUUCCAGGAGCAGAGCCGGGAUACAGUCCGACAACUUGUGUUCUCAGCGCUCUUCAGUCUGCAGGGCAAUCAGGCUGAUGAGAGCCGCAUGACACUGCUGGGGAAGCUAGUGUCUAUGGCAGUAGCAGUGGGAAGGAUUCCUAUUUUAGAGUGUGCAGCUACAUGGUUACAGAGAACCCACAGAGUCUACUGUGUACGGUUGGCUCAGGUAUUGGUAGAUGACUACUGCAGCCUUGUGCCAGGCUCAGUUCCCACACUACAGAACAUUCACAGUGCCAGUCCACGCUUCUGCUGCCAGUUCAUCACUGCUGUGACCACGCUGUAUGACCUCUCCACAGAUGAGUUAACACCUCCUUUAGAACUCCUUAAGAUGAUUGUGUCCUGGAUCCAGGAUCGGCUAGUUUUGAUCACUUUUCUGAACACACCCCUCUCUAACAGCCAAUCUGUCAGUUCACUUGAUGUAACACCAUUAGGCGGCCUGGUCCGAUGGUGUGUCAAAGCUCCUCUUGCAUAUAGGAAAGUCAAGAAGCCUGUGAUGGUCAAUGGGAGCAGUGAAAAUGAACAAGAAGCAGGCCCUCUCUUCUCUGCGCUUCACUUAAGUGUUCUACAGGUCUUUAUGCUCUUGCCAAAUAUACUAACUGAAAAAGGACUAUUUGGUCGUCUUGCAUUGCUGCAAAUUGAGUCUGUGGCUGCACUGAUCUCAGACCUCUCCAGGCUAUUGGAUCAAGCAGAUAAACACACUCACACAAUCUCGGAUGAAUCACAUGCAGCGUCUCAGCUGGCUCUGGAUCGUCUAGCGCAAGCUCUGCAGGUGGCUAUGGCUAACCGCGCACUUCUUUGCUCCAGAGAGGACCUGCGAGCAAUUUGUUCCCGCCUUCCUCAUAACAAUUUGUUGCAGCUCGUCUUGUCUGGCCCAGUGAUGUAUUAUAACAACAUUCACACUCCUCCAUUGUCCUUCAGUCCCCAUGCAGCACACUCCCCCAUCGCCUCUCACCCAACUCUCCCAGGACACGCCCCCCACACCCCUUUGGCUCCUCACCCUUCUCCUCACCCACAGUAUCCCACACAGCCUUUCAUGACCGGACUUCCGUUUCCAUACAGACCUGGUCACUAAAGGACACUAUAUGUGAAAGUAUGUAGAUUUGUAGAGAUGAAUUUGUGAACUUGUGUGAGAGCUGGUUGAUUGUGUUGUGUUACAUGCAUUUUGAACAGGUCUGACAUGUUUGUCUAUUAAAUAUUUUUACCUCA